AAGCUUAUACUAGGAAACGAGACCAGAGAAAUGAGAGGGUUAGAGCGAGAGUGCUUUGACGGCGGUGGAUCAUGCGGCAGAGGGACAAUACAGCACUGGGAGAGAUUCAGAACUAGAGUAAAGAAUCAACCUGCGUAUGAAGGAAUUAAUGCACGAGAGAUCAGUUCCAGGAGACCAGACAUUUGGGGUUAUGAUCGUCGGGUAUCCAACCAGGCCACUGUGUUCUUCUUCACUAACUUCCCUGAUGACUGGAAACAAGAAAGCAUGUGGCAGACUUUUCGUAAAUUUGGAAGAAUUCUGGACAUCUACAGCCCUUUGAGGAAAUUAAGAAAGGGGAGUAGAUUUGGACCAAGAUUCAAAGGAAAAGAAAGUCUCAAAAGUUCAUAUCAAGGGCAUAGAGAGAAAGAAGGAGUAGGAGUGCAGAGAACUUAUGCUGAAGUGGUGAAAGGAAAGCUAGAAACAAGAACAGCAAUUGAGAAUGGGAAGCAAGUAAAGAGAGAGAAGGAACAUUGGCAGAUACAGAAUAGUAAUCCUAAUAGAAAUCCAGUGCAAAUUUGGAGAGUAAAAGACAAGAAGCAGGUUAGUGAUGGUAUCGAAUUUACCAUGAAGGAGGAAGAGUACUCAUGGUUGCAAGGAUGCUAUGUCGGGAUGGCACACUCAGUUGAGAUAAUCCCGACUUUACAAGAAAAAUUCUUCAUGGAAGGCUAUUUCUCAUGCAAAGUAAGAGCAAUGGGAGGGUGCUUGGUUUUACUAGAAGGAGGAUAUAAGGAAGAGAUCAAAGAUCUCGUAGAGAUGGCUCCAGAAUGUUCAUGCUUGGGGUCCAAAUUUUUUGCCAUAAUCGGCACAAAGUGGGGGAAGUUCAUAACGCGGUAUGACAGUACUAGCAAGAAACAGAGGUUUGAUAUUGGAAGAAUGUUGAUUUCUACCUCAGAGAUGGAUUUCAUAUCCAAAAACAUAAGCAUCAAGGUCAAUGAUGAACCAUACACAAUUAAAGGAAUGGAGGAAGAAGCCACCGAUGGAAAAUUUUCCAUGAAAUCAGACCAUGUAUUCAAGGAACUCAGUGGAUCGGACGAUGAUAGUUCGGAAUCUUGGUCAUUAGGCAAUGGUUUAGAUGAUGAAUUAAAUGAUGCAUUUCUGGGCGGUGGCAACUCAAAGAACAACUGGAACACAACCGGCGAGAAGAAGGAUGAUAAUGACGUGGAAGUAGAGGAGGAGAAGGGGAUGGAAGCCGAAAUCGGGGACGAACAACCACAUUACCCUGACAAGGAGGUGGUACCGGACAGUUCAGAGGCACAGAACACUCAAAAUAUGGAGAAGAGUAGGAUGAGGGUAUCCAUUGGGCCUUUAGAAAUGCUAAACCCAGUAGAGAUAGGUGAGACUUGGGCCAAUAACAACAAUGGGCCUACUAAACAAGCCACACCUGAAAUAGGAGACAGCAGAUUAAGCAAGGAGAAAACAGAGGAAGCCAAAGUGAAACAGAAAGAAGAAAAGCAGAUCUUGUUGUUCGGUAUAUAUGGAGGAAGGAAAAUAGGAACGGGUGCCCAAGUCGAAGGAGAGGAAGAGAGCUUCAAAAGAGCGGGAAAUGAAGGACAGAAUGUCGAAAUUUUCUCCUGGAUCCCACAAUCAAGUUGCAGCAAAAGAGUCUUGUGGUCCAACAUUAAAGAACUGUUGAUGGAAGAAGGUGGUUGUUGGUGCUUAAUGGGAGAUUUUAAUGCCAUAAGAAGUGAGUAUGAAUGGAAUGGAGGGAGAUCUAACAUGAGGGAAAUGGCAAAGUUUGAUGAAUUUAUUAGGGAAUGUGGUCUGAUUGAUCUUCCUCUAAUUGGCCGGAAAUAUACAUGGUACCAACCAAACGAAGAAGUCAUGAGUAGGCUGGAUAGGUUCUUGCUCUCAGAGGAUUGGUGUCUUAAAUGGGGUGACCUUAAACAGUGGGGAUUGAAGAGAGCAAAAUCAUAUCAUUGCCCAAUUUUGAUGAAAAACCUUACAAUUGAUUGGGGCCCUAAGCCAUUCCGCUUCUUUGAUGUGUGGCUUAACUCACCAGGGUGUAAAGAAAUAGUGGAAGAGGUGUGGAGCUCAACAUUAACCUCAGGUUGGUAUGGUUACCGACUAAAGGAAAAGUUAAAGGCAACGAAGAAAGCUUUGAAAGUAUGGAGUAGAAAUAUGGUUUCGGAGACAGACUCUAACAUCAAAAGAUAUGAGGAGUCCAUUGCUGCUAUUGAUUUAAAAGGUGAAGUGGCUCUUUGUCUGAAGAAGUGGAAGGCAUGGAUUAAAGAUGGGGAUGCCAACACGAGUUUCUUUCAUAGGUGUGUUAAGGGAAGAAGGAGACAAAAUGAAAUUGUUGGCAUACAAGUGGGUGACAAAUACAUGGAACAAGUUGAUGAAAUUAAGGAAGGUGUGGCAAAUUAUUUUCAAAACUUGUUCACAGAAGAAAGAUGGCAACGUCCUCACCUAGAUGGACUAGAAUUCAAGAAGAUCUCAGCUGAAGAUAACCUCUUGCUACUUGCUCCAUUCAACAAAGAAGAAGUCAAACAAGCAGUGUGGAGUUGUGAAGGUUCUAAAGCACUGGGACCGGAUGGAUUUAAUUUCAAUUUUAUCAGGGAAAUGUGGGACUUAAUCAAAGGUGAUGUGAUGGGAUUUGAGUUUAGGCCCAUAUUCUUAAUCGAAGUGAUGUACAAGGUGAUCGCAAAGCUUCUAGCAAAUAGAAUCAGCUCGGUUCUAGAUAGCAUCAUUGGAGAAAGUCAAAUGGCUUUUAUUAGAGGAAGGCAAAUGGUUGAUAGCAUUGCAAUUUCCAAUGAAACAAUUGACGCAGCGAAAAGAAACAAGAAGGCCAGCUUUGUGUUUAAACUGGACUUCGAGAAGGCAUAUGACAAGAGGGUAGGUGGAUUGAUUGGAUGCAGGAGUCGGGCCAUAAGGGAUCUUUAUGGUGAAGGAACAUAUGUAGACAAAGAAAAGAGGAUCUCCCAAAUGGGUAUAUGGAGAGGAAAAAACUGGCAAUGGACAUUACAUUGGAGACGAUCUUUGUAUGAGUGGGAAGAAGACAAUUUAUCAGAGUUGCAAAGAUUAAUCAUGAACACACACCCAACCAAAGAUCAAAAAGAUUGCUGGAAUUGGAGGCACACUAAAGAAGGAGAGUAUUCUGUCAAAACAGCAUAUGCCUUGCUUUCUAGUAACAACCAGGACAAUAGAUCUCGGAUGCAUGAAAGGACUUGGAGCAAACUUAUCCCCACAAAAAUCAGUGCAUUUGGGUGGCAAGUAUUGCAAGACAGAAUCCCUACGAAGCUUAAUCUUUAUAAGAGGGGAAUUAUAACCGAUCCUAAUCAAUUGAUGUGUGGGUUUUGUGGGGAUAACAUCGAAGAUGCCAAUCAUCUUUUCCUCCACUGCAGAGUUGCUUUUUUGAUAAAGAGCAAAUGUGCACAAUGGUGGAGGUUCAUUUCAGUUCAGCUGAAGACUUGCCAUGAGGGUUUUGAACAACACAAGCCCCCUGCUAAAGAUCCUGCAAUGAGAGCUGGCUGGGACGUGAUAUGGUUCUCCACUAUAUGGUCAUUGUGGAUGGCAAGGAAUGCUAAAAGUUUUAGAAACCAUGAAUAUGAUGCAGAUAGAAAUUUUUGAGCUUGUACAACUAAGAGCUUUCAUUUGGAUUAAGGGCAGGACUACGGGAUAUUCCUUCAGCUUGCACGAUUGGAUGCUAGAACCAAUCUUAAGCCUUAAGGAUAAAAGAGAUUGGAUACA